CGAUUUUUUGUGACCUCUUCAUUGUGCCUUCUAAUGCCAAUCCUGUAGCCUUCAUCUAGCUGUUCAGCAAUGCUAAGCUUCCCAAAAAACUGGAGCCUCAUAGCGUUGUCAAGAUGGCUGCGGCUACUUUCAUGUCGCUUGCACUUAUCAAAGAGAUGUUUUAAAUCGCAAACCCCUGUUGUUGUCUACAACGUUUCGGUGCCAAGACUUUGAAACAGCAAACAGGGAAAACAAUAAAAGGCAUGACUUACAUCGCAUCCAGCUAGCCAACUCCGUUUUCCAUAAGAAGUGCCGGAAAAGCACUGAGUGUAAGAUCGACCGCGAUCACUUGACUGCUGCUGAAUUUACAAGUUGGGUCGAUCUAGUCCAAGCUCCUUGAUCCGUUUUUUUUCUUCAUCUGAACGUCUUUGGAACGGGUAUUCUUGUAAAGAUAAAACCAAAUUUUCUUUCAUCUCGAGAUAAUUUCGCUUUCUUCCACGUUAAUCAGUACCUGUCAAUCAAAUGACAAUCUGCUGAGCGGUAAUGAGAGGCGUUAAGAACGGUCCAAUCACAUGAGGCCAAAAAUAUAAAAACAAUAUUGAUUCACUUACAACAAAAGUGGGAGGGUUUGGGACGAUUUGAAACAAGCCAAUUAGAGCUCAGCCUCAAAUCACAUGCUUUUCAAAAAUGUUCGUGCCUACAUACACACUCGUUUGUCCGGCGCCCCGCACACGUAUGAACAAAAUACAAUUUUGAUUUUUUGGUUUUUUAAUAAAUGAUAAUAUGACUAACGGUGGAAUAGUACGACUAAAUUAUUUUAUUACGUUAUUAAUUUGCGAUAUAUAUUAAACUUAUUGUUGGCAUAGUAAAGUAGCUUUCUUCUCUGGAUAACUUUAAGGGGGAGGCGCCCCAGCGCCCCCUAUUGACCGGCCACCACUGCUGUGGAUCCUAUGCUGAUGCUCCUACUCUGUCUGAAAGUACCCUGACAGACAUGGUUGGGUUCAAAUGGAUUGGAAAUGAAAGAAAGACAGACUGCCUACAAAGACAAAAAGUGGCCACCCAAGACAACAAACCCCUGUCUGUCUCUGUCAACAAACCCCUGUCAGCAACAAGGGUUACAACACCAUCUUCCAAGAGGUGCAUUUCUGUCUAUGAGCCACAUGCAUCAUAUUAUGCUCAACUUGGAAGAAUAAUGGUCACAUACGAUGUGAAGCAGAACUCCUGGCAUUGCCCUUGUGCCAGGUCAAGAAGAUCCUGGCUCCAUAAAUACUGUACAUUGCGAAAUGGCACCUUUUCCAGACUGAGCGUCAGCUAUUCAGGGCAGUUCAAAGCACAGAUCAGGCCAGUCCAAUUAAUGAACAUGUUGAUGAUGCAGGUCUACUGUACCCCCCCCCAACAAAAGAGCUGGAAUCUAUGAUUCACUACACCUUGAACAAGAAGACCAUCCCUGCUGUUCUUCCUGAGCACCUGCGCCUGCCUUCAUUUUCAAGCACAUACCCUACCAGCCUCAUUCCUGAUGAGAUGUUCUGCCAUAGAUGCGCUGGGAAUGUACCCUUAUCAGACCCUCUGCUCAUGACAUCAAAAUCCAAAAUUUUUACAAAUACAAGAAUUAUCCAUGAUGUUUCUACUUACUCAAAAUGUUGCCACCAAUGUGUAAUCCACUACAGGUAUCAGGGGUGGAAAGAUGUCCUGCACAAUUUUAAUGACAGUGUCAUCCUUGACCUCCCCUUUUGCCUGCAUAUUCGAAACAUGCUACAGGUCCACACUGCUGUUGGAAGAGUGGUUGAGUGUCUGGAGCUCACCAUAGGGGAACAGUUUCAUCCAGCUAAAACACUGCUCCACGCCUAUCUUCAUUUUGAGGCACUCACAAAACAUGAGUAUGAAUACUUUUGUGUGACAUGUGGGGAUCAUCCAGCCGUUGUAAUCAUGGAUCUCCACAGAAAAGGAGCAUUCAAUAUGUCAUUGAGUGACAUCAAACCACCGCCGAAAAAUUUUAACGGAUACGUGGAUAUGGAAGACUUCUGGGAGACACUGGCCCUGCAAAUGAUUGGUCGUGGCUUUGUAAAAAGACAGAGCGACAACCCCUUCACUGGUCACCCCAAUUACCAAUUCUGGGCACCGUGGAUUGGAAGACAUACACGCAAGUCCAAUCAGUUUCUCAACACAGAGUUUGAGAAAUUCCACCAACCCAAAGAAGCUGAGAUUUGUGAUAUAACUGUCUCUGAAGAUAGGCUUAAAAAUGAGCUUCAUAAGAAAAAGGUAUCAGUGAUAAGGAAGCUGUGCAAGGAAUGUGGCAUUGAUUCCAUUGGCUCAAAAACAGACCUCCUAGAGAGACUUUCAUCUGAAAUGAAAACUAGACAGACUUAUGACAAAGUGUUUGAAAAGAUUUGGGGUGCCUCAGGAGGAUGGGCUGUGGUAAUGUGGCAUUGUGUACAGCAUAAAAUGCUGUUUGCGCGCAGAGAGUCCGAGAGACUUUGCAGAUAUCCUCCUCUCAUGGAAGCACAUACCAAAUGUCGUCAUCUAUGAUUUCGCACGUGGACUGGCCACACACACCAAUCUUCGCUCCCCAGAGGUGCUAACAUUCACACCACACGAAGGUCGUCUAGCUGACCCAACAGACAGCAACAUAAAGAUGGCAAAGGAGGGAAAGUUCAAGAUCUCCUUACCAUGGCUUAAUAUAAAAAACAAGUCCCCGACAGCCAUGGCCAUCAAAUUACAGGCUCAGCAGAGCACUGUGUCCUCAAUGGCAAAUUUCAUGAAGACAAUUCUUAAGAUCAAUGGGAUGCUCUCCGCAAGAUUGGUCUUGUAGCCCAACUUGUAUGAAAUAAAAUCACUGUCAAAAAUAAACGUACAUAACUGAAAGAAUUUGAGUGUAAUAUUAUUUUACUCGUGGGUAAUUUAAAAAAGUGUAUGUAAUUCAGCUUUUUGUGAGACUUGAAUUCCAAAAUCGUCGGCCACGACAAUUUACAAUAAGACAUUUUGGUUUGUUUGUUAGAGUACAACUUCAGAUUCUACGACUAUGACAUUUUACAGACACAACCACAACUCUUUCACAUGCACGAAGUGCGAAUUACGAACACGGAGCGCUGUGUGCGAAGAGACUGUCAAAAAUACGUCAUCAAGGUCACAGGCAUUACUAUCAGAGGGAAGAUUGAUCGAUUCCAUCCACGUAGUGCGCAUGCGCCCCCGCUUAAACCACUAGCGCCAAAAUGACAGCUCGACAGCUCAACAGCCAAGCGCUCACUCAUCGUCUCAGGCACCAUUAGGUGACAUCUAGCACAGCACAGAAUCUAGUGUCGAUGUUGACUGACACCUUAAGUUCGCCAGGGAACGUGAGGCCACUCAGACAGGGUAGGCCUAAUUCAGCAGAGCUUGGUGUUGGACAACAGAAAGAAGGGGAUCAGUCAAGUUUCAGUGGACAGUCAUCACAACAAGAAGGUCCAAGUCAAACUGCCAUCAUGGGCACUCAGUACAGCAAGAAAUGGCUAGGUGUGAGAUUGACUGUAAUUGUUGUUUUAAAAAAAUGUUUUUGUUUAUGUGUUUAGCCUACUGAUAGAAUACAGUUUGUACUGGAAGAAUACAGUUUGUACAGUAAAAGUGUGUGUGUGUGUGUGUGUGUGUGUUUGGUUUAAAAUGUUCUAAACUGAUUAAAAAAUAUUUUUAGAUCAUUCCCGGGAUUUUUCCGAAAGGAAGUAAGGGGUAAAAAACGUUUUGGACCAUAUAAACACCCAGAGAAAAGCUUGAUAAUGUUUUUUUUUCCUACUUGCCCAACAAUAUGAAAAAAACCCCAAAGGAGAGUCAGAACUAGAACUUACACUUGCAGGACUUGUGAGAAGAUCAUUAACUAUAACAGAAAACAUCACUCAUUCAGAGGUGGAGGUGGGCAGCGGAAAUUGAUCGUCAUCCCUCCUGACCCAGAUGGAUAUAAUGGACAGCAGUUAAAAGCAGUGAGCAGCAAUGGGAAGUGCACAAUGUAUAUAGUUCCACUGCAAGAGCAAAUUGACACAACUCCAUUACCACCUGAUGCAAAAGAAUUCGAGAAAAUGCCCAAAGCCCAGUGUACAAUGUGCAGCCAAAUGGUUCCUCUUCAGUGCCUUCCAAUGCAUAUAAAGAGCUGUGAGAUGAAACAGGUGUAUCUGUGUACCUCAAGUGAUUAUGUAAGUCUAAGGUGUUUAUUGUAGUCACAAAUGAGCUCUGAAAACAUAAGGUGGAUGAGAUUCUAUUUAAUUUCAGUUAAUGGAGAAGACCCCACAAGAAGACAAUUCAAGUUUUGUUGACACUUUGAAAGAGGAAUUAGAAAAAUCACCAGAAUUUGAAAGUUGUGAUUCAUAUAUAAAUGAAGUCUGGACAGAGAAGACUGCAGAGUGUCCACUGUGCAAGGACAUAUUUAAUAGUGAUGUUAUUGAGAUACACGCAGCCCACUGUUGAUUACGAACAGCAGAAUAUCAUGAAACUGAUAUGAUCAACUUAACUGAGCCAAUGAAUACACUUCAAAGUUCUGGGAAGAUUUUAAAUUGGAUCAGCAGUAAGUUUGAAAGUUGGUUUGAAGUUGAUCAAACCAACACCUUUCCCAUAUGCGUUUCUCGGAGUGACAUCUUUAAUAGAGGCAUGCAGCAGUGGCAGCGUCAAAAGAAAACUUCUCCAAAAUGCAGACUGAAGGUUACCUUUUUUGGCGAAGCAGGUGUUGACUCUGGUGCUCUUAGCAAGGAGUUCCUAACAGAAAUGAUUGCAGUCAUUGAAACAAGACUGUUUAUCAGUGGUGUAGAUAAAAGAGAGAAAAAUCCUGUCUAUUGUCUCAACAGCUUGGAUCGUAUCUACUUCAGGAGUGCAGGAGAAAUCAUGGCGGUCAGUCUGGCACAAGGUGGACCACCACCUGUGUUUUUGCGCGAGUGGUGCUUCCAAUAUCUUUGCUCUGGAGAUCAUGACAGUAUACGGGUUAACUCAUGUCACUCAACAGAUGACAUGAGUGAGUUUACUGAUGAGAUUGUAGGCUGUGGAUACACUGGAAAGGUGUCUGUUGACAUGAAAAGCAACAUCAUCAGGGCCAUUGUUCUACAUUCCACUAUGAGAGUUGUUCCAAUGCUAGAGCAGCUUCGAAAAGGCCUACAGCUCUAUGAUCUCCAGAAGGUCAUGCACUGUAAACCCGGAUUUUGUGUUAAUUAAACAAUUUAAGUCAUUGCUUAUUCAUUAUAGUUUUUCAAAAGACGUGUUCAUUAUUAAAACAAAUUAGCUGUUUGCACUAUUCAGAAAAAAAUGUGAGUCUAAUGAUCAUGUUAAGAUGAUACAACUCGGUAUGUUAUGUUUUUGAAAGGGAGGGGAGGGGCCUAUUGAAACAGGUUGACGGUGAGCAUGCGGUGUAUUUGGGAAGAGUGAACCGGACUGAUUGUGCGCGCUUAACGUGGGUUUUCAAAAAAAGCAAAUCGGUAAGUGUACAAAAUUUUUCUGUAGAUAUAUUUCUGACAAAUGUGAUAACCCAAAAUCCGGACUGAUGUUCAGCUUUAAAAAUUUAAUGUGUUAAUGUGCCUGUCGACGCUAUUUUGUUUGCCUUUUAACAGUUUAGUUAUAACGUUAAAUUUUCCCUACAGCAGAACUGUUCCAUUUCCUUGCCUACAUCGAGCUUGUUUGUGCACAUUUAACUCCAUUAAUGCACUUAAGGUCCACUUGUCUAAGAUUCAUACGAAAGCCCACGAUGCUCAACUAUGUGAAUCUCAACAAGUAACUGUUCAUUGUUGUCAACAAUUAAAAAAAAAACUGUUAUUGUGAAACAUUGUUAUUGUUUUAUUUUACAUUUUAGUACACAAAACGUAUAGUAAAAUUAAUAAGUAAAAUAAAUAAUAAAAAACUAGUAAAAUUAAAUAAUGUGAAUUAAUGAUUUUUAGUGAAGAGAGCUGAUGCAAAAUUGAUUUGUCUACUGCACCCACCAAAGGUUUUUAUGUUAAUUCAACUUAUUAUGUUUAGUUUCAUCCCGCGCAAAAACUAAAAAAGUUUAGUGCAACGGGUUUCUACGUAAAUUUCUAGUAAAGUCAACUAAUUCGGGUUAAGAGUGUGGGAAUGCAUCCAGACCUAUGUCUACCACUGUUUUUACCAGGGGAAAAAGAUGACCGGGUGGAUGCAGCCUUCAUUCUGGAUAAUUCCCACCCCGUCUUCAGUGAGAAAGGUUCCGUGAAAUACAGCAAAGAAAUCAAUGUAAUGAACUUUCUCCAGGACUUCCUACAGGAAAUUGAAGAUUGUGAAGGUGAACAAAUGACUGCUGGUAAAGUUAUGCAAUGGAUGACUGGCCAGAGACAUAAGCCUAUUCUUCCCAGCGACCAGAAGGACUUCAACAUCACUGUUCAAUUCGAUCACGACUGUGACACACUUCAUACUAUGUGUUUUCCAACUGUAAGCGCAUGUACUCGCACAAUUACAUUUCCCACAGCUCACCUGAAAACACUGAACGAGUUUAAAAGCAUUAUGGGAAUGGCUAUAAAAUAUGGCGAGUCAUUUGAUAAUGUUUAAAAUGUCUUUGAUGUUGAAAUCGAUGUUCAGCUUCUCUUUGAGUCAAUGUUUCUUAGACAGUAUGUGACAAGAGAUUUUUCAUGUUAAUGACUCGAUACAAAAUAUUGAGUGUUGUGACAUUUCAUUUACAAAUUCAAUUUGUAAAAUGUUUAUUGGCACAAAAGCAGUAUUUGAAAAGAGUAUCUUCAUGUUAAUAAAACAAUUUAAAUUCAAUUCAUUUUUAGAAUGUUCAAUUACAAAUGACUUCCAUUCAUUACAGUCACAGUUGUUAACAUGUACACAGUGUUUGUUAAAUAAACAUUUAAAAUGAUCUCACACAGCUGUUUGUGUAUUUAAAGACUUUCAAAAUAUUGAACCAAAGAUAUAUAAAUAUCUCUGCCAUAACAGUCAGAUGUGGCAAGAGGAUUAAACAUGGAUUUUACUGUUUCCAUCAGAGCAGGAGUGAGUGGGCACUCAGUUUCUGGAACUUGAACUCCAACAUCAUCAUCUGUCACACUAUCGAAUGUCUCCCAGUCUGUUCCAAACAGUUGCAAAUUCUUAAAUGAAAUAAAAAAAAUACUUUAUGCUUGAGUUAUAUUGUCAAAUUGUGUUUUUGCAUGAUGCAGAGAAAAAAAAAAACCCUGCGAAUUCUCUUCAUCGUCACCAGAU